AUGUCGAACGGCCGUCCCAAUUUCAUCGACCUGCGGUCGCAAUCGCAAAUGUCUGUAUCACGACCCCUCAAGUCGCCGCGCCUCCAUGUCGCUGGAGAAGUACCGCCCGAGCUCUCGCCCCUCGAUGCGUUUGCACUGCAGAGCCGACUGCUGGCGAGGCAGUUGCAGGAAAGUGCCAACAGCGACAAGAGGCUCAGUCGGUUGCCCCCCUUGACAACAGAGAGCCCUCUGGUGGUCCAGGGCCGUUCAGAUUACUUCCGUUCCAUGUCACAGGAUUCCGACCCUGACAAUGAAGGAGAGCUGCCGCCACUACAACCUCCCCCUGGUCUGGGUCUGAGGACCGAGGUCGAAGAGAAUCCCAACCGACCGCAAUCGAUGCAUCCGCGAAUGAGCCGUGUACCGCCGACUCCAGAUGAGCCCAUGCCUUCCUUCAACCACGCUGCCCUGGACGACAUACGGGGCCGGCAACUGGACAAGCAUGAUGAAGAAGGAAGCUACUUUGGAGCCAGGCAGGACCGGUCGCCCUCUCCGAUGGGCAGCUACUCCUCUCACCGAGAACCGUCUCCCUCAGCUCAACCUGCUGAACCGAUCCCACAGAGGUCGCCUCUGAGGAACAGGUCACCCCUACGAAGCAACACCGCGCCGUCUCCCGAGAAGCUCAAGAAGAACCCUUUCGACACCAACAUGGGGCUAGUGCCACCGCGGUCCCUGUUCCCCAAGCGCUCGUCAAGCAUCAUGUCCUCUCCCAUUGAAGGUACCGACGAGGAUAACGCGUCUUCCAUGACGAACUCUUUCUACUCCCAGGGCCCGCGAAAACUCUCAGCGAGCAGCAGCUUGGCCUCUCCGGCGCACCCAUCCUUUCAACGAUCACCUUCCAUGUGCUCUGAUAUGUCCGCACCUCUGCCUAGACCCUCUUUCAACUUCUCACGGCCGCUUAGUAGAGCUGGGACCCCCAGCUUUGAUAUGCCCGCCCGUCAAGCUUCGUCGGACAGCCAGGCUUCAUUUGUGUUGGCGGAUGAGUCUGCCACCACGCCGAUCAGUAUGCAUAGCGAAGGAUUCCCUGACAACUCGACCGAUGACGGCCGCGGGGGUGCACCAUCCUACAUCUACUCCAAGUUCACUUUGCCGCGAGGGAAAGCCCUUCAGCGAUCUGGAGAAUUCUCUGACAGUCAGGUGCCUGGAGCUUCUCCUUGGGACCAAAACACAGGGCAGACGCUCCCUCAGGGCGGCCAAGCACCUCCCUCACCGCCUACGAGGCCGUCGAGUUCGGCCGGACCUAUCCCAAGACCUUCACUGGAGAGGAGCAAGCUCAGUACAGAGAUCCUUAGCUCUUCAGGCCCGACACCCUCGCUCUCGGGUCGACCAUCUAACGACCUGGGCCGUGAAUCAGAGGAUGCACCCCGCGGCCGCGCGCUCAAGUCACCCCUUCAUGAGGUUACCAGGGCAGAUAAUGAAACUGUGGGAACUAGUGAUACCGCAAGUACUAUCAAACCCAAAUCUCAGCACACUUUGGCUUCAGCGGCGGACAUUCCGGCUGAGGAGCAUGUCGAGAAGGCAAUCCAACUCCAUGAGAAUGGAUCACUCAACGAGUCAACCUACCACCUGCGUCACGCCGCCCGACAAGGACAUCCUACUGGCAUGCUCCUGUAUGCCCUGGCUUGCAGGCAUGGGUGGGGGAUGCGGCCAAAUCAGCGGGAAGGUGUGCAGUGGCUGCGAAAGGCGGCCGAGUGCGCCGGUCUCGAGAUUGCAGACGACGAGGACCAGAUGAAGGAGGGCAGGCGCGUUGAUUUCCUAGAGAACAAAACGCACAAGGCGCAGUUUGCGCUGAGCAUCUACGAGCUCGGCGUGAGCCAUAUGAAUGGCUGGGGCAUUGAGCAAGACAAGGCACUGGCUUUGAGGUGUUUUGAGAUUGCCGGAUCAUGGGGCGAUGUCGAUGCGCUGGCAGAGGCUGGCUUCUGCUAUGCCCAGGGGGUCGGCUGCAAGAAGAACCUCAAAAAGAGCGCCAAGUUCUACCGACAGGCCGAGGCCAAAGGCAUGAGUAUGGUGGGCAACAGCUGGAUUCACAAGUCAAAGUACAACGAUGAAGGAAAGGACGGCAAGAAGAAGAACCGCUCCAAGUCGCGGUCACGAGGCAUCUUCGGCAAGAAGUCGAGUUGA